GAUGAUGAGGAUGUAACAGGUAACUGAAAGGAUGUUUGACUGAGUGCUUUACUGUGUGACUGUACACAUUUAACACCUUUUACUGUAGAAAUGUGUUGUUUGUGUGUAUAUUGUUCAUUCUGCUUAUCUUCAGGAGGUUGAGGAAGGAGCUGGAGGCAGUCAUCCCAGCAGACACUGGGCGAGUGUUCAUCCAGGACUGGUCAUCAAUUUAUCACCGGGACAUGUGAACAUGUUGAGACAAACAGGUAUGGCGGAGCUGGAGGGCCUGGAGUUUGGGAAGUCAGACUUUGUGCUCCUGGAUGAGGUGACGAUGGAGCAGUUUAUGGAGAAUCUGAAGCUGAGGUUUGAGAAGGGUCGCAUCUACACCUUCAUCGGAGAAGUGGUCGUCUCUGUCAAUCCUUACAGACAGAUGGACGUUUACGGCAAAGAAACCAUCGAUGCGUACCGGGGCCGGGAGCUGUAUGAGAACCCCCCUCACCUGUUCGCCGUCUCUGACGCAGCCUACAAGGCCAUGAAGAGAAGAGCCAAAGACACGUGCAUCGUCAUAUCAGGUGAAAGUGGUGCGGGAAAAACAGAAGCAAGUAAAUACAUCAUGCAGUACAUAGCAGCCAUCACCAACCCGAGUCAGAGGGCAGAGGUCGAGAGCGUGAAGAAUGUGCUGCUCAAGUCCAACUGUGUGCUGGAGGCCUUCGGGAACGCCAAGACGAAUCGCAACGACAACUCCAGCCGCUUCGGCAAGUACAUGGACAUCAACUUCAACUUCAACGGCGAACCCACCGGAGGACACAUCAACAACUACCUACUGGAGAAGUCCAGGGUGGUUCAUCAGCAGGGGGGUGAGAGGAACUUCCACUCAUUUUACCAGUUGCUGCGUGGAGGCUCUAAUGAAAUGCUGCAGUCACUUCACCUGCAGAACGACCCUGCUGUUUAUACGUUCACCAGAGAGGGAGCAGCAACAACUACCUCGAACAAUGAUCACACGAGCCACAAAGCAGUCAGGAGUGCACUGGAAGUUAUCGGCUUUACAAAUGAUGAGAUUGACUCAAUUUACCAGAUCCUGGCCUCCAUUCUUCUGCUGGGAAAUAUGCAGUUUGAGAGCGACGGUGAGAGUGUUGAGAUCGUGGGCCUGGAGGCUGUGAACCACAUUGCUGAGCUGAUGGCCACAGACCCAGAGAGCGUCACAAAGAGCCUGCUGUACCGAACUGUUGCCACCGGGGGCCGCGAGGUCAUCGAGAAAGGUCACACGGAGCAGCAGGCCUGCUUCGGACGGGACGCUUUUGCCAAGGCUCUUUAUGAAAGACUGUUUGGCUGGAUCGUCGCCCGCAUCAACACCGUCAUUGAAGUGAAAAACUACAACCCAGUACUUCAUGGGAAAAACACAGUAAUCGGAGUCCUGGACAUCUACGGCUUUGAGAUCUUUGAGAACAACAGUUUCGAACAGUUCUGCAUCAACUACUGCAACGAGAAGCUGCAGCAGCUUUUCAUCGAGCUGAUCCUCCGACAGGAGCAGGGCGAAUAUCAGAGAGAGGGAAUCACCUGGCAACAUAUCGACUACUUCAACAACCAGAUCAUCGUGGAUCUGGUGGAGCAGCCGCACAAAGGCAUCAUCUCCAUCCUGGACGAGGCUUGUCUCACUGUGGGUAACGUCACAGACACUGUCUGCCUGGACAGCAUGGACACCAAACUGGCCCAACACCCCCACUACACGUCCCGCAAGCUGAGCCCCACGGACAAAACCCUGGACUUCCAGAGACACUUUCGUGUUCGCCACUAUGCUGGAGACGUCACAUAUUCUGUCGAGGGCUUUUUGGACAAAAACAAGGACCUGCUUUUCCAAGAUUUCAAGCGUCUUAUGUACAACAGUUCCAACCCAGUGCUGAAGGAGAUGUGGCCAGAUGGUCAGCUGAGCAUCACCGAGGUCACUAAGCGACCUCUGACUGCCGCCACCCUCUUCAAGAACUCCAUUGUGGCCUUGGUGGAUAAACUGGCCUGCAAGGAGCCUUACUAUGUGCGCUGCAUAAAGCCCAACGAGAUGAAGUCACCGGUGUUAUUUGACGAUGCUCGCUGCCAGCACCAGGUGGCGUACCUCGGCCUGCUGGAGAACGUGAGGGUGCGCAGGGCGGGCUUCGCCUACAGGCAGCCUUACGCUCGCUUCCUGCAGCGGUAUAAAAUGACAUGCGAGUACACCUGGCCAAACCACCUGAUGGCCUCCGACAGGGAAGCGGUGGAGGCCAUCGUCACCCAGCAUGGUUUCCAGGACGACGUGGCGUACGGGCACACCAAGCUGUUUGUCCGAACACCACGCUCUCUUUUCACCCUGGAACAGGAGAGAGCUACACUCAUCCCCAUCCUGGUGCUCUUCCUGCAAAAGGUUUGGCGUGGUGCUUUAGCUCGGAUGAGGUGUCAGAGGAUGAGGGCCAUCUACACCAUCAUGAGCUGCUAUAAACGCUACAAGGUCAAGGCUCACUUCUGGGAGGUGGUGCAGAGGUUCGCUAAUGUGCGAACUAUGGCCGACUACGGAAAGAGUGUCGAGUGGCCGACCCCGCCUGCAGCUCUGUCCCAGUUUCACAACAAUACUGUCAUGCUGCAUCGCAGGUGGUGGGCAAGGCAGAUCGUAAAGAAAAUCCCUCCGUCUGACAUGGCCGAGGUUCGGGCCAAGGUGGCGGCUCUGGCGGCUCUGAGUGGAGAGAGGAAAGACUGGGGGGUCAGUCGAGCCUGGGAGAGGGACUACCUGGCCAACGUACGAGACUGCCCUCAGACCAGCUCCAGCUUCAUCCGAGUGUCCAAGGAGCUGAGGAACAGGGACGAGUACGGUCAGGUCCUCUUCUCCAGCUUCUGCAGGAAGGUGAACAGAUUCAACAGGAGCACAGAUCGCGGUGUGCUCGUCACCGACAAGUACGUCUACAAAUUAGAGCCGAAGAAACAGUACAAGGUUUUGAAGAAGCUUCCUUUAGACACAUUCACAGGACUGAGCGUGACCAGUGGGGUCGACCAGAUGGUGGCGCUACACACGUCUACACAGGAUGAUGUCCUGUUUUGUCUGCAGCGAGGGGAGCUGUGCCCCAACGAGGACCGAGUGGGCGAACUGGUGGGAAUGCUGGUCGACUAUUUUACACGUAUAAGAAAAGUCCAGUUUCCUGUGAAGGUGUGUCGUUCAGCCCUGCAGCUACACAUGCGAGGGAAACCCAAGACGGUCACAGUGGAAGCCAAACCAGGUCAGACCAACGCAGACUUCAAGAAGAGCCCAGACGGUUUCAUCCUGCUGGUUCCCGGCAACUAGAAGACGUUGGUCCAACCGAACCACCAGCAGAGUGAGCUCAUGGAGCCUGGAAACAUCUGGAGCUCCGGGUCUCCUGAUCUGAACUGGUCAAAGUACCAGGGAGGAAACAAAGAUCUGAGACCUGAGUCUGCUUCAUUCUGAGCGACAGGGGGACGAUGCUCAGUCAUGCUGAGUAAACAAAUCUGGGAAAAUUAGAUUUUUGAAUUCACAUUUUUGUUGAUACUGUAGUUUUUAAAAGAAAAAUGAUAUAUGAAGUUAUUUUAUGAGAAAAAUAAAGAACAGAAAUUGAAUGUGUGGAUCAAAAUGUAUAAAAAUACCCUAAUGCAUAUACAGGACGGAUUAUAUAGUAUAUUCUGUAAAAAGCAAACUCUGCAGAGGCAGCAGAGAUGUGACAUUUACUCCAUGUUGGUAGAAAUAAACACAAAAAGAGCAGAAGAAAGUAAUUUAUUUGACGUUUACCUUAUUAUUCAGAGAGAGCAGGCUGCACAUAGUGAUCGGAAUAUUUUCUUUAAAAAAAAAAACACUCACGUAAGAGUCAUUUCCUGUCUCGUCCCUUGUGUUGUGUCCCCCAUGGACACGAUCAGCUGAUGCAGAUAAGCACACGGACGCUGCAGGCGUAGAUUUGACAGGAUUUCCGAUGAUUUGAGUCCAAAGCCGACGAGAAAAUGUUGUUUUAUCUGUUUGCGGAAAUAUCUGGAUUUAUUUACCCCUAUUUAAAAACUUUAUUAGUAAAGCCAAAAUUCACAGAUUAACAGUUUGCCUCAGUCAACUUUACAACCUGUGUCUUCAGACCCUGGUGGUGUGGAGAAAGAUAAUAUGUUAAAUACUGUGUCAGUUUUUAUGCCUGAGUAAGAACAAAAAUAUGUUUUAUUUCUUUCUAUAACACCUUUCAGAAUUACACAACGCUUAACAUUACAAAAGUAUUGAUUCACCCAACAGAAAUAGAAAAACAACAAUGUUUAAAAAAUUAAAUAAAUAUAUGGGUGAUACACUCUUAUACUAAUACCAAUGCUUCUUUAAAUUAAUUUAUGUUCUUUUUGUUGUUCCUUUGGUGUAAAGAGUUGUAUAGAACCAAUCAUUUAAGAAAAAAAGUAGUAAGUAGUAUUUUAAAUAAUUGUUGACAUUCUUAUUGAAGAUUAAAUUCACUCAGGCCCAAAGUCAGGGUUGGGACCCAUGGACGGGUCUCCGGGGAUAUUUUUCGGUCCCCAAGCAAAUUUGCAGAUUUUUCCCCAACCUUUUACUCAAGAUUUAUGUUUUUUUUAGUUUUUUAAUGUUUUAAUAAUUUACAGAACAUCUCAGGGAAGUUAUUCUGUUGUCCUUUGGUUCAUUUAGUUUGUUAUCUUUAAAAAGUGAAAGUUUGGUAUAAAUCAGUAAACAUCUUUUCAUCAAUGUAAAGAACGUCUUCAGUCCAGAUUAAAAGCAGAAGUCUGUAUCCGCCUCUUCCUUUGAGGAAAUCCUCUUGUUACAGUGUUACAGUGCAGAGACAAUAAUCCAGGAAUUCACAUGUGAGUAUCGGUCACCUUUAAGGCCUGACACGUCAUCUAUCAGCUGAUUAUUAAGCCGUCCUGACUUCCCCCCACAGGCCGUUUGACACCAAUUCACACAUCCAUUCUUCCAAAGCUUACGACUCUCACGUGACUGUGACAAGACCUUGAUGACCAGGUGACAUCGACGUAUGAACGACCCAGAGGAAAAGCUGAGGUGAGGACGGUUGACUGGAGAGGGGCAGCACAGUGGUGAAGUGUGGGGUGAAAGUGCAUGUUCUCCCUGUGGAUGUGUGAGGUUUCUCCAGGUUCUGCACUCUGAUGGGGGUUAUUAUGUGGGUCGUAUCCACACAGAAACAGAACACUUUCCCUUUAUGAUCUUUUUCCUUUUCCUGUUCUUUAAAUGUUUUCUGUAAACACAGUUUCAAUAAAUGUUUUUGUACACUUAAGUUUUCAAAAACAACC